AUGCGUAUUGUGAACUACGAGUAUAUUCGUUCUCAUGGGCUCAUUCAACAUCAGUUCAAAGAAUUUUUGAUUUCAUUUGAAGAAGAGUAUCCAGAUAUUCCCUGUCAUGCUGAAAUAAACUGGUUGAGCAAAGGAAAAGUGAUUUCCCGAGUUUUUCGACUACACCACUCUGUGGCCCAGUUUCUGGAGGUCAAAGGAAGUCUGGAGCCACUUUUCCAUGGCCCUGAAUUGGCAGCUGAUUCAGGAUUUUUAGCAGACAAUAUGACUCUCCUAGAAAGUUGUACUCUGAAACUUCAAAAGAAAAUAAUCUCAUCAACAAUAGGGUCAACAAAAUACAAGCUCUUCAAAAUAAUCUUCAGCCCUUCAAAAACAGUCGUUCAGAGAAAAGAAAUUGUUAACUUGCAGCAAAUACAUGAUGUGUUCAUAAAGGCCUUAUCGAUGUCAACUGAAAGUGCGCCUCCUGAUUUAGUUUUUGUACUAACUGAUUUGCAAACCAGUGUUCACUGA